UCGUGUAUGAAAUGUAUGUAAUGUUACAUUACUAAUGUUACAUUACACAUCACAUCUCAAUAUUCCACUCUACAGUAAACAUUUUGCCGCAGCUCCAAAUCCAUUCGAUCGAGAGGGAGAGGGAGAGGGAGAGGGAGCUCGCCAUUGACGACGCGUUCGUGCUUCGAAUAGCUGAUGAGAUGAAGGAGGGGGCCGAUCUACUCCCGACGUCGGCGGCGAAGGCUUCCUCCGGCGGCGGCGCCGCGGCAUCGGAGGCGGCGCUGUUGGGGAAGGGGCGGUACAAGUUCUGGGCCCUCGCCGCCAUCGUCCUCCUCGCCUUCUGGUCCAUGCUCACCGGCACCGUCACCCUCAAGUGGUCCGCCGGCGACCUGGCCCGCUUCUCCGACGACCUCGACCGCCCCCUCCACGACGACCUCGACGUCCUGGAGAUGGAGGAGAGGGAGAAGAUGGUGCGGCACAUGUGGGACGUGUACGCCCACAGCGAGCGGAUCAGGUUGCCGAGGUUUUGGCAGGAGGCGUUCGAGGCCGCGUACGAGGAGCUCGCCGGCGACGACGCCCGCGUCCGCGACGACGCGGUGGCGGAGAUCGCCCGCAUGUCCCUCCGCAUGGUCGAUCUCGAGCCCCCUCCCCGACACCGCCGCCACGGCCCUAAGAAUAGCGAAAUGGAGAAUAAGCAAAGAGAUUCAAGCAGCAGGUCGAAGGGAAAGUCGACAACUUUGUUGUCUACAGGAGCCUAAGAAGAUGCAGCAUUAUUUACCGGACUCAAAAUGCACUCAACAAGUAAUGGUGCAAAAAGCUGAUAUAAUCAAAGUCGCCGAGGUUAUUUCCUUGUUUUAGAUUGCAUGCCAAAAAGUUCCCUGUAAUUGUUCAUAUGUUCUUACUCUGGGUGCAUGCAUGGGGCAACCUUGGCACAAAAGUGAAAAUUAUAUUAUUAAACUAGUCAAGCAUUGUAGUAACUUUGAUAUUUAAUUACUGAUAUUGCUGAAGGAAAUCAGGCUUAUAUUACCAAAUGAGUUAAAA